UACACUGAACUACACGGAUCGCAAACCGGAAGUGCCGCAUGAAAUUUGAGUUGUGAAGACUUCUAUAGGGAGCGCUGAAAAUUAGAGGACCAUCAUGUCCUCUGACCUGCUGGUGGACCUUCAGGAUGAUCUGGGAGGAGAUGACUCUCCUAGCGCUGCCCUGGACCAGCUCAAACUGGUACAGGACAAACAGUGGCCACCAGAUGACCCUUUUAGCCUGAGCAAAUCCGCGUCAGAUAUUAAAAGCCUUGGCGGCACAUCACAUCUGCCCUGGGAUGACCCCUUCUAUGACAUUGCCAGACAUCAGAUUGUGGAGGUUGCAGGUGAUGAUAACUUUGGUCGGAAGGUCAUUGUUUUUAAUGCUUGCCGCAUGCCUCCCCAACAUCAGCUGGAUCAUCAUAAACUUCUCAUGUAUUUGAAGCAGACUCUUGAUAAGUAUGUGGAGAGUGAUUAUACCCUCAUCUACUUCCAUCAUGGUCUGACCAGCGAGAACAAGCCCUCUCUAAGCUGGCUUCGGGAUGCCUAUCGAGAGUUCGACAGGAAGUAUAAGAAAAAUAUCAAGGCGCUGUACAUAGUCCAUCCCACCAUGCUUAUCAGAACCAUCCUUAUUCUCUUCAAACCCCUUAUCAGCUUUAAGUUCGGCCGUAAGUUAAACUACAUAAAUUAUUUGAGUGAGCUGGAGGAGAUUGUGAAGUGUGAUCAGCUGGUGAUUCCCAACAGAGUCCGAGAGUAUGAUGAUAAGAUCCGUCUGUCCCUGAAGCCGUCUGUCGUCCCUGGACCGAUCUCUCCCCCUCGUAGUCCUCCGCUUCCGUUCCAGCAGUUUGGCGUUCCACUGUCAGUAUUGAGACACAGGGCGGCAGACUCAGAGGGAAUUCCACUAGUUAUGCGUGAUACUAUUGGAUUCCUGCAAGAGAAUGGUCUUAAGACAGAGGGAAUAUUCCGGCGUUCUGCUAAUGUUUCUUUGGUUAAGGAUGUUAAGGUGAAAUAUAACUCAGGAGAGGAAGUGAGUUUCUCUCAGCUGGACGAUGUCCACUUGGCAGCUGUGAUCUUAAAGAUGUUCCUCAGAGAACUUCCAGAGCCGCUGCUUACCUAUCAGCUCUACAACGACAUUGUCAACUUCCACAAUGUUGACACAGAGUCUCAGGCAGAAAGGAUUCGGAACAUGCUGAUGUCACUUCCUGAGGAGAACUAUGCAUCACUGCGCUUCCUUAUACAGUUUCUUGCUCAGGUGUCUGCUGAGAGUGAAGUCAAUAAGAUGACCAAUGCCAACCUGGCUGUGGUGUUUGGGCCCAACUUGCUGUGGGGGCAGGAUGCUUCCAUGACACUCAGCGCGAUCGGACCAAUCAACAACUUCACCCGCAUCCUGCUCGACCUACAUCACAAGGUCUUUAUCCAGUGAGGAGCAGGAGAACUUUUCACAAUGACUCCUCUCUGGUUAUUGUCCCUCCUAGUUCCAUAGCUUUGCUCCUCUGUGGCUGUGCCCUGUCCUUAAUGUCUCCCUUAGUAUUGCCAAAUGCAUGAGUAUUUUAACUGGGCGAAGCUACGAAAAAAGGAUACUGGAGGGCGCAGAGUGGUCAAGCUGUCACAAACGUUUAGGCUGUGAUCAAAUUCUGACAAUCGUCUCCUGUCUUUCCUGCAGAAGUCAUGUAGCUGCUGUCAGACAUAAUGGUACUGCACAGGCACUAGAGUUUUAUAUGGUCUGUUAGCAGAGGCCUGAAUCAAUAAACCAACAAAGUGUACAGGUAGCUGCUUUCAUUUUUAUUUUUUGGUAGCUCAUCAGCUAUACUUCGGAAAUUUUUUUGUUGGACUUUACAGAAUUCAUUUCAGUUAAUUUUUCCAAGUAAAAUUAGACUAAAUGCACACGUCCUCAUUUUUGUAAACCAUAGUUGGCACAAGCUAUGGACAAGUAUAAAGCACUACUACUCAAACUUGAAACACUUUUUUUUUUAAACAUGCUUAUUUCAUUUAACAUAAAAUAUAUGAUAUUAUGUAUUGUCUCAAAGAGCUUUCAUUCAGUCUUCGUUUAUAUUAUCAUAUCAUUAUAUUUUUAUUAUUUCUAUAAUCUGUUUCAUCUUUUUUUGGUGUCUCAGUGGCUCCAGGAACAGGGCAGAUGCUUUAUGGCCAGCACAAAUUUCCUGAUGCUGAAACAGAAAAGUAAUUUUUCUGAUCAAAACCUGUAUGUGUGUGUGUGUGUGUGUGUAUACAUUUAUACAUAUGUGUAUAUAUAUAUAUAUAUAUAAUAUUCACACACACGUAUGUCUGCCAACAGUUCGCUUUUUCUCUCUGUAUGUGUGUGGUUUGUUCAGUAAUGCUGUUGUAUUAUUCUACCCAGACAUAUUUAUUUUGGCCAAAGAUUAUAUGGUUAAACUGUUUGUGUGAUCAAAUUGAUUUGUAACUUGGAAGACGUACUGCCUGUCGGGGACAGUGCCAUUACACAUGGGUGCAUUUGAAACAAAAGCCCAAAUCAAGAAAGAAAUAGCAAAGAACAAUUUGAUGUCAUUUUGUCCUCUCAGUAAAAUUGUUGUUUUAUCUUUGAGGAAACAUAUCAUAAGUGUGAUGAGUUAUUACUGGUGUACUGGAGUACAUAAAAGUACAGCGACAUUUUAGUUGUAUCACAGGGCUCUGUACGUGAAGUGAAUCGUCCAGAUUUUGCACAAUAGAGUCUUGUUUCAUGGGUCUGAAAUCCCCCCAAAAAAACAAAGCAGGUACUUGGGUACUAAUUAUUUAGCACUAAUGAGUUAAGUGUCAUAUGCCUUGAUAUAAAAUUGUAACUGUUUACUGUGUCAUGUAAACGUCCUAUUCAUGUCAAUCCAUCCGAGCAUUGACAUGUGGACCAGUGGCUUAAAUAGUUUUAGACAAGCGCCCUCAAACCUAAGUGUAUGUGUGCCUUAAUGGAGUGAAUUGGCGACGAUAUUAGCUGUUAAAUUCCCUUUCUCUGGACAGAUCUGUGAACUUUGUGCCAUUUUGUUGUAUCUGUAUCCAAACACCUUCCUGUUUACCUGUACUGUAGACAUGUAUAUCUGGUUUCCAGGUGGAACUUAUUACUUCUUUUGUGAAGGUUCUUUUCUUCCAUUUUGGCUGUUAAAAUGUAUCCUGUGCUUUUGAAAUCUUUACUUUUGUAUAUCAUGUUGUGAUAUCAGAGUAAUAAAUUGUUAGAGAUG